AAAUCAGGUAGCAGCCGUAACGAAUGCCUCCGGCGUCGUCGUCCAUGGAACACCUAGGCCCAAGUUUCGGAAGUCCCAACUUGCGCAAUCCCUACUCGCCAUCCCGGACCACAAAGUUCCACGGCCCGAACGCCGCAUACCCGAACACCACCACAUCGUCCUCGUACUACAAGAACAAGUACGCCACCCAGCAUCAGCACCAGGCGGCCGUCGCCGCCAACCUGCCACUGUGGACGGCGAUAUACAACUAUGAGGCGCAGGGCGAGGACGAGCUGAGCCUCAAGCGGGGCGACAUUGUUGAGGUACUGUCCACGGACGCCAAGAUAUCUGGCGAUGAGGGUUGGUGGACGGGAAAGCUCGGCGACAAGGUGGGUAUAUUCCCAGCCAACUUUGUCACUGAGAACAACAUUUUGGAGAAUGUCACUACAGUGGUGGGCAACGCACACAUUACUGAAAUCGACUUCGGAGAGCUCGAGCUAGAAGAGGUCAUUGGUGUUGGUGGUUUUGGCAAAGUAUACCGUGGCUAUUGGAACAAUAAGGAGGUGGCCGUCAAAGCUGCACGCCAGGAUCCUGAUGAAGACAUCAGCGAGACAGUGAAGAAUGUCAAACAAGAGGCCAAUCUGUUUUGGCUGCUGGACAACGAGAACAUUGUGUCCAUGUUGGGUGUUUGUUUGCAAAUUCCAAAUCUGUGUCUCAUCAUGGAGUACGCUCGAGGGGGUUCACUUAAUCGUGUGCUGAUGGGAAGGAAAAUACGACCGGACGUACUUGUUGAUUGGGCCAUUCAAAUUGCCAGGGGCAUGAACUAUUUGCACAAUGGUGCGCCAAUAUCGUUGAUUCACAGAGACUUAAAAUCAUCAAAUGUGCUUUUGAAUGAAACAAUUGAAAACAACGAUCUACAAUUCAAGACAUUAAAAAUCACAGACUUUGGUCUUGCCAGGGAAGUUUACAAGACAACUAGAAUGUCCGCUGCUGGAACCUAUGCUUGGAUGGCACCAGAGGUUAUAAAAAAAUCAAUAUUUUCAAAAGCUAGCGACGUUUGGAGCUAUGGUGUUUUGCUUUGGGAGCUACUUACUGGAGAAAUGCCAUACAAAGGUAUUGAUGUACUUGCUGUUGCUUACGGAGUGGCAGUGAACAAACUUACUUUACCAAUUCCUUCAACUUGUCCUCAACCAUUCAGAGAACUUAUGGAGGCUUGUUGGCAUUCUGAUUCUCACAUGAGGCCUAGUUUUGAAGAUAUACUAACAUCAUUGGAUGAUAUUGUACACUCUGCUUUCACUCAAACACCACACGAAUCUUUUCAUACUUUGCAAGAUGUUUGGAAAGUAGAAAUUGAACAAGUACUUGACGGACUACGAAUGAAAGAAAAAGCUUUUAAAUCUAAAGAAGAAGAAUUAAGGUGUCGUGAAGAAGAAUUAAGCCGAGCUCAGGUACAACAACAGAUUGCUGAAAAACACUUAAAACAGAGAGAACGUGACUUAGAAGCACGUGAAAUGGAAUUGCUCAAAUGGGAACUAAAUAUUAUAAUGCAACAGCAACAAGCAUCGCCAGCAAUACCAACUCCCAACAAACGUCGUGGACAUUUCAAAAAAUCCAACAUUUUGAAAAUGUUAAAAAAAGAACCAAACCAGUUGCCUAUUAGUUCUCCAUCUGAUUUUCGACACACAAUAACUGUACAGCACACCAGCGACAGGAAAAAUCGUGACGCAUCUGGUCCAAACAGCCCACCUGGUUCCCCAAAUAUUCCUAGACUGAGAGCUAUUGCACUGCCAGCAGACGGAGUCAAGGGCAAAACGUGGGGUCCAAGCACAUUUCAUCAACGCGAGCGAGUACAGAUAAUCUGUGGGAGUCCAUCAUAUCCAUCAUCACCAGCCACAACAUCGUUCAAAGGAUGGUCACGAUCAGCGCCCAACCUAGAGAAACAUCAGUUGUCGGUUCGCUCAAACUUCGCGGCUUUGCAAGAAAUAGACUACGGUGGCCCACCAAUGUCUGCGGCUUACUACUGGCCGGACGACGAGGACGACGUCGACGAUCGGCCACAGACUCAGAGAACGCUGUCAUCGGAUCGUCUCCGUACGAGCACCUCGGGCGACGGAGGUGGAUCGGCGGCGACGGCAUCGAAACCUUCGUCAUCGUCGUCUUCGACGGCUGCUGCUUCAUCGACCAAUCACAAGACAACGCCGCUGUUGGAGAGUGUCCUGCGUGCGGCAGCGUCCAUGUUGGCAGGUUUUGGGUUGGGCGGCGCGGACGUCAGGACGUGCAUCUCUUCCGGUCGUAAUGCAACGCUUACGCCCGGUAUGCAGCACACUUCCACCGACACCUCCAACACCACAACCUCCACAUCAGAUUUAAAAUUCUGCCUACACAAUUCUCCCAGCCGCCCGCACAAACACAAUACGUACCACGGCCAGUCGUCGAAGCACUUUCGCAUGCCGUUGCCGCUGAGUUCAGACGCCAAACCUUUGCGGUUCACCGACAGCCCGCAACACCGGCUGAGCCGUUCCCGGCGGAAAUCUAGACCACCACCUCGGAGGAAGUCGAGUAGCGUAGCUGGGUGCGCCGAUGAGAAAAGCCACCAUUCAUUUUAUGGCACGACUUCUAGCGAUUAUUACCAGCAAACAGACUUCGCGUCUCAUACCGGAUACCGUCAGUUGUCCAGCGACCGUGGUGGAUACCGUCAGCUGUCCAAUGACCGGUGCGGAGUUACCAGUGCGGAGUACGAGUAUGAAAACGGUGGUUUGUACGCGUACGACAAUCCGACUGCCAACCACAACGACUCGGUCGGUGGCGUCGACGAUCCGCCGUCAUUUAGUCGAAGUCGAUAUCGGUGUGGGGGCGGAAAUCCGACGUUCAUCAUGGAGCCCGCCGAAACUUGCUCGGUGGUUUUACAUCACACGCAGCGGGCGCCGUCGACUUCACCAUCGCUCCCGUACCUACACCAAAGGCGGGCCGGCGACUAUUCCAAUUAUUUCACGAGCGACGAACGACUACCGCAACCGCACUCGCCCGAGACCCUAAACCGACCUACCACGUUGGAGCCUGGCACGCCGUCGAGACUGCGGUCCAGCCUAAAGAAAUCUGUGUAUGGCAGUCGGCAAACGGCCGUUAGUUCGUCAAGUCCGGGAGUGUCGCCGACCAAUCCGACGCCACCAGACAGCCUGACCAGCGAUGACAGCAGCUACAUGUCGGCCAGGGACAGCUCAGCGGCGUCUAUGUCCACGGCUCGAGUUCGGUUUUCGCCCGUCACGCUGCUGGACCUGCCCACCCACGGGCAACACCAGGAUUCGACUGUUCCCCUGCAGGCAGCCGCGACCACGUCGUCGUCGGCUCCCAAUUCCAGACGAUCGUCCUCGGUUUCGGAGUACUUCGCGUGACUCCAACAGAAAAAAUAAUAGUCAUAAACGUUGUGUUUUAACGUUCAAAAUAAUCGAUUAAUUUAUUAUGUUACGACGUGAUCCAGUCAGCUGCAGUAUUUUAUCCAAUAAACGUUUUUUUUUCUUUUUUAUACCUACGUAUCUAAGUUUAUAUACUUUUUUUAAAUUUAUAAUUUUUUUUUUUCAUUUUGUAUAAGCUAUAAUAUAAUAUUUUGUUUUAUUCAAUAUUGCAUAUUAAGUUUUCAUACGACGCGUUCGUUUCGACUACCGGACAUUCCCGUCUUGUAUAGGUACCUACAUUUAUAUUAUAUAUAUGUAUAUAUAUAUAUAUAUAUAUAUAUCAUCGUCAACUCGUUUUCCAUUAUUAUAUAAUAGGAGAUACGUAUGAUAACGACUUUAUUUAUGAUAUUAAAAUAUAUAUUGUGAUUUUUUAA